CGUCCCUCUGCUGCUUUCUUUAGGUCUCUUUGCCUCCGCGUCGCCCGCUGCUUCGCAAGAGGAGGAGGAGAGGAGAAAGGUUGGAGCGAUUCCGGUCUUUCCUUCCUCUAUGCUCUUCCUUCUCCCCUUUUUUAGUUUUUUUCCCUACAUUUGAUCAUCGAGAAAGAAUAGUGCCGAGCCGGAUCGGAUCCCUCUCUCUCCUCCAAUAACUAGUUUAGCACCGAAAUUCCAGAUUUUUUUCAGUUGAUAUCGUAGUGAUCACUUAGAAAGAUGGGUGUGAUAUCAAGGAAGGUUCUUCCUGCUUGUGGAAGUCUUUGCUUCUUUUGUCCUGCUUUGCGAGCAAGGUCUCGACAGCCAGUGAAGAGAUACAAGAAGCUACUGGCCGAUAUUUUCCCUCGAUCACAGGAGGAGGAGCCAAAUGAUCGGCAAAUUAGCAAACUUUGUGAAUAUGCAUCUAGGAAUCCAUUGCGAAUUCCAAAGAUAACAACUUACUUGGAGCAGAGAUGUUACAAGGAAUUGAGGCUGGAACACUUUGGCUCAGUUAAAGUUGUCUUGGCCAUUUAUCGAAAAUUAUUACUCUCUUGUAAGGAGCAGAUGCCACUGUUCGCUAGUAGCUUACUUACCAUUAUCUGCACACUUCUUGAACAAAAAAGACAGGAUGAAAUGUGUAUUAUUGGCUGUUAUACCAUUUUUGACUUUGUAAAUAGUCAGACAGAUGGCACUUAUAUGUUCAAUUUGGAAGGCUUAGUUCCAAAGCUUUGCCAGAUUUCUCAGGAAAUCGGGGAGGAUGAGACGAUAAAAACUAUGAAUGCGGCAGGAUUUCAAGCACUUUCUUCAAUGAUUUGGUUUAUGGGUGAAUACUCUCACAUUUCUUCAGAAUUUGAUAAUGUUGUUUCAGUAGUAUUGGAGACUUAUGAGAACUUUAAUAAAAAAUCUGACAAACCCAACAACGACAACCAGGACUCUGAUCAUAGAUGGGUACAGGAAGUUGCUAAUACUGAAGGUCAACCAAAUCCUUCUUCCGCAAUGACUAGGGUUCCUUCUUGGAAAAGCAUUGUUAAUUCGCGGGGUGGACUAAACUUGACCAUGGAAGAGAGCAAGAGCUCCAUCUUCUGGUCUAGGGUGUGUUUGCAUAACAUGGCCAGGUUAGCCAAAGAAGCAACAACAGUCCGACGUGUUCUAGAAUCUUUAUUCCGAUAUUUUGAUGAUAACAACUUGUGGUCCCCUGAUAAGGGGCUUGCUCUCUGUGUGCUGCUGGAAAUGCAAGAAGUAAUGGAAAACUCUGGUCAAAAUGCACACCUUUUGUUAUCAAUAUUAAUUAAGCAUUUGGAGCACAAAACUGUCAUCAAACAACCAGAAAUGCAGCUCAACAUCAUUGAUGUUACUACACGCCUUGCUGAAAAUUCGCAAACAAAGUCUGUAUCUGUAAUAGGUGCAAUAAGUGAUCUUGCUAGACAUUUGCGUAAAAGCAUGCAGAAUACAGUUGGCAUGUCAGAAAAGGGGGAUGCUAUGAUCAAAUUGAAUAUAAGAUUUCAAAGUUCUAUUGAUCAAUGCCUCACUCAGUUGUCCAAAAAGGUUGGCGAUGCAGGUCCUAUUUUUGAUAUAAUGGCCAUGAUGUUGGAGAAUAUCUCAGCAUCUAUAUCAGCAGCAAGAUCCACAAUUUCUUCAGUUUAUCGUAUGGCUCGGAUAAUUGCAUCAAUACCAACCAUGUCUUACCAGAAUAAGAUAUUCCCUGAAACCUUGUUUCAUCAAUUACUCCUGGCAAUGGUUCACCCAGAUCGUCUAACACAUGUUGACGCGCAUCGCAUCUUCUCUGUUGUUCUAGUUCCAUCUUCUGUUCGUCCCCGAUCCUCUGGCACUGAAGCACCAAUGUCAGCUGACCUUCAAAGGUCUCUGUCAAGAACUGUCUCUGUGUUUUCAUCUUCAGCUGCUCUAUUUGGCAAACUCAGAAGAGAGAAGUACUCAUUCAAUCAGACUGGACUUCAAGACAAUGUAAACAGAGUUUCUCUCAAUGGUGAUGGACAAGCAGUUAGCAAUAAUGACUCUCGUAUGCAGAAGCUGCAAUCAACUCUAAGCCGACUACGUAGCACAGUCAAUCCUCCCCCUUCCAACACAGACCCAAAUCUUUCUAAUAAUUCUACUGGAGAAAUGGAACAAACUUCCCUUGAUUUGAGCAGCCAACAGAUUAUGCUUAUGCUUUCAUCCAUCUGGGCUCAAGCAAUGUCACCUGAGAAUACUCCAGAAAACUAUGAAGCUAUUGCUCACACUUACAGUUUGAUACUUCUUUUUUCUCGGGAUAAGAUGCAGACUUCAGUUAAUGAGGUUUUGACUCUUAGCUUUCAGCUUGCCUUUUCAUUGAGAAGCCUUUCGCUUACAAGAGGAGGCCCACUUUCACCAUCACGCUGCCGCUCUCUUUUCACAUUGGCAACAGCGAUGAUUAUCUUUUCCUCAAAAGCUUUCAAUAUUUCGCCUCUCAUUCCAACUGCCAAGUCAUCUCUUACUGAAACAAUGGUUGAUCCAUUCCUCCAAUUGGUCGAGGACAGUAAACUUCAGGUUUCAAAAGAUGUUCCUGAUCACCAAAGAAAGGGUUAUGGAUCACAAGAGCAUGAUAGUGCUUCAUUGGAAUCUCUUUCAUCAAUAUCAGCAGAAGAAAGCCAGACAAUUGAGGCUAUGGUUUCCAUGAUCGUCAACAGUUUGGGAGAUUUACCUGAUUCAGAGAUAUCGACUCUAAGACAGCAGCUACUCAGUGAAUUUUCUCCAGAUGAUAUUUGUCCACUGGAGUCCCAGUUUAUUGACUUUCCUAGUUUUGCUCCAAUGUCAACAAAUAAAGACUCUGAACAGGAGGCCACAAAUGCUGCUUUUACAAUAGAUGAUGACUUAAUCGAAUUAUUCGAUAACCCACCAGAAACUGGAUCACGACAGCUGAUGGAGUCCAAUCUUCUCAGUGUCAAUCAGAUACUUGAAUCAGUUCUUGAGACAGCAUGCCAAGUCGAAAGAUUAUCAGCAUCGAGCAACUCCAAUGUGCCAUUCAAGGAAAUGACUAGCAAUUGUGAGGCUCUUCUGUCAGGAAAGCAGCAAAAGUUGUCUGUCUUCAUGGGUCCCCAACUCAAACAGGACAUCUUGACCGGCAACUCUCUAGACCAGAAUGAUGUGAAAAUACCGUCUGCUCAACCAUCCCAAUGGGUUGGAAAUCCAUUUGUCGAGCAAAACUUCAUUUCAUAUCCCUACCAAGCCCCUACCUCAUACUUUUGCGGCACGGAGCUCCAUUGCCAGCCCCAAAUGUACAGGCUUCCUGCAUCAAGCCCCUACGAUAACUUCCUAAAGGCUGCCGGGUGCUGAAGGAACAAUUCUUACUUGUCGUAAUGAGCAUUAGUCUUUGUAUCUUCUCCUCUACAUUCUUUUGUUGUGUUUUAUUUGGAGAAAGAAAAAAAAAUCCAAGAAACAAAGAGAUGGUUUCAGUGAAGUGAGUUCCUAAAAUUGUUCAUGUCGAGCAUUGUGAUUAUUGUCCUCUAAGUUGUGUAUGCGUAUGAGAAUUGUGUGUUUUGUGA